AUGUAUAUUUAUAUUUCAGAAAAUGCAGCAGAAGCAGACCUCUGGCUGUUGAACAGUUGUACAGUAAAAAGCCCUGCUGAAGACCAUUUUCGAAACUCAAUUAAGAAAGCACAAGAAGGAAAAAAGAAAGUUGUUCUAGCAGGAUGUGUUCCACAAGCCCAGCCCCGACAAGACUAUCUGCAAGGCCUGAGCAUUAUUGGGGUUCAACAGAUAGAUCGUGUAGUGGAAGUUGUUGAGGAAACUAUUAAGGGUCACUCUGUGAGAUUGCUGGGACAGAAAAAGGAUAAUGGGAAACGGUUGGGGGGAGCGCGACUGGAUUUGCCAAAGAUUAGAAAGAACCCCCUGAUAGAAAUCAUUUCCAUCAAUACAGGGUGUCUGAAUGCAUGCACUUAUUGCAAAACUAAGCAUGCCCGAGGGGAACUAGCAAGUUAUUCUAUUGAAGAACUGGUAAACAGAGGCAAACAGUCAUUUCAAGAAGGAGUAUGCGAGAUAUGGCUGACCAGCGAAGAUACAGGGGCUUAUGGCAGAGACAUUGGCACAGAUCUCCCGACUCUCUUGUGGAAGCUGGUUGAAGUGAUCCCUGAGGGAGCAAUGCUGAGGCUCGGCAUGACAAAUCCUCCGUAUAUUUUAGAGCAUCUGGAGGAAAUGGCAAAAAUUCUCAACCAUCCAAGAGUUUAUGCUUUUCUACAUGUACCAGUUCAAUCCGCUUCUGAUAGUGUUUUGAUGGACAUGAAGAGGGAAUAUUGUGUGGCUGAUUUCAAACGGGUGGUGGAUUUCCUUAAAACUAAAGUACCUGGAAUAACAAUUGCUACAGACGUCAUUUGUGGGUUUCCAGGGGAAACAGAUGAAGAUUUUCAAGAAACCAUGAAACUUGUUGCUGAGUACCGGUUUCCAAGUCUUUUUAUUAACCAGUUUUACCCACGCCCUGGGACUCCAGCUGCAAAAAUGCAUCAGGUUCCAGCUCAAACAAAGAAACAAAGAACAAAAGAGCUAUCCAAACUGUUUCAUUCAUACAAUCCAUAUGAUCACAAGCAACCAGCAGUACAGCCACUGUGGCCCAAACAAGUUGCCGUGUUCUGCAAAACCUUUGUCCUAUCAAUACCCGAAAGGGAAAGAGGAAGCAUCUGGAGCGAAAGACAAGUCAGCAUUGGGGAGAGACAGAAAGUUCUUGUUACAGAAGAAUCAUUUGAUUCCAAGUUUUAUGUUGCUCAUAAUAAGUUCUACGAACAGAUUCUUGUGCCAAAGAACCCUGAAUUCAUGGGUAAGAUGGUAGAAGUGGACAUUUUUGAAGCAGGGAAGCAUUUUAUGAGAGGACAGCCAGUAUCAGAGGCCAAAGUGUUCACCCCAUCUCUUACAAGGCCAUUUGCCCGAGGAGAAGUUUCUGGUUUAACAGAG